AAAUUUACAGAUUUAUCGGAUAAAUCGAUGGAUGUGGUCGACAAUGCCGGCUCGUGUGCUUUCGAAAAGCAAAUACAAACCCUGAAAACCCGGAGCGCAGCGACUAUGAAUGUGGACCCCCCCCCGUGGCUAACGAGGCCCUAUAGCACGCAAGGUCCUUUGAACAAGAAGGAGCUGGAUCAUUUUUUCCAGGAGGGGUACUUGAUAAAACGUGACGUCUUCGCGCCUUCGGAGCUGCAACCGGCCAUGGACGACAUCGACAGCCAGGUCGACGCUCUUGCCCACAAACUCCUCCAGGCCGGGCGCAUCACCGACGUCUGUCCCUCCCUCGGCUUCUACCGACGCAUGGCCGCAAUAGAGGCACAAUGCCCAGGGGCUAGCGUCCUCCUCCACAAAAACCCCGACCUGCCGCCGUCCUUCCGAGCCCUAUGGUCCGACCCUCGCCUGCUCGACAUCGCUCAACAGCUGUUGGGAGGCCCCUCCGUGCCUGUAGCCGGUCACCCCGUCUGGAAUUUGCGGGUGAAGGUCCCACAAACCGCCUCCUCUGUUGUGCCCUGGCACCAGGACGCGGCCUACCUGGACCCGGAGGCGGCCGCCACCCUGGAGGUAGCUUCUCGUCUGUCUCCUCCGCCGUACCUCCCCGCCACGCCUGACUUCUCCCUUUCCUCUCCCACGCCCUCCGUCCUUCCUUUCUCUUCCUCACAGGUCACUGCUUGGAUCCCCCUCUUGGAUGCUAACGCCGCCAACGGCUGCUUGCAAGUGAUGCGGCGGGCCCAUCAAUCGGGACGGACGGCCCGGCAUACGUGCUGCGUGGGCGGUACCUGGUAUGUGGAGAUGGACCUGGAUGACGCCUCCUCACGGCUGGGGAUGGACUGCCGCGACGAAUCCUUCUGGGACACCUGCGAGGUCCCCUUGGGCUCAGUGCUGUUCUUAAGUAAUCUCAUCCCGCACCGGUCCCUCCCCAACGUCUCCGCACACAUCCGGUGGAGCAUCGACCUUCGUUGGCAGGAUGCCCGGGAGCCCGCUGGCUUCUGGGGCAUCAAGGACAUGGUCCUGAUGAGGGAGGGAGGGAAGGAGGGAGGAACGCGCGAGGGCUACCUGGUGGAUUGGGAUGGUUUCUUGGCCGUGGAUCGAGGGGAGGCGCAGAGUCAGGCGGCGGCGCGGGCCAAGCGGGCAGGGGAAGGAGGACAGGACGGAGGGAAAGUGGAGGGAAGGGAGAUCGAGGGGGAGGGAGAGAGCGGGAAGGACAUGGUUUUGGCAGCAGCAGCGGCGGCAUCAGAUGCCUCGACGCCUGUCAUUUCUGGCCCGUGGAUGUUGCGCUGGGAUCUGAACUGCGUGGAAUACGUGCCAAAACAGCGGACUUUAGACUCCACGGGGAACGUCUACUGCCCGCCCGCCCCAGGUCCUGCCGCCAGGGCGAAGAGCGAGGAUGGGUGGGGCGCGGAACAAGACGGGGUCUUCGGGAAGGAGAGGAAGGAGUCUUUACCCUCUCGGACCAGUAGCCCCUCCCUCUCUACCUCUGGCAGCACCUACGGGAUCGCCCCGCCCCCGGCCUCUGCCAGCGCGGCGAAAAAUGUGGGAGGCCCCAUCUUGUCCAUGUCCUCGCAUUCUUGGUCGCAUGUGGGGGAUAACAGCGGGGUAGGAGGCGGGAGGAGUGGUGUCAGCGAGGCCGGGACUCGGGCGAACAGCAGCGGGAACCAGAGCAGCGGGUCGAAACGGAGGCGCAAGGGGGUCGAAGGGGGCCGUUUCCAGCGGGAAGAAAGCGUCGCGGGCGGCAGAAGGGGAAAGCAGGGCCAGGACGACACGGGAAGUGGGACCGGCCUGGGAGCAAACGAGGCUGAGGAAGCAAGGGGGCGCACAGACCUGGUCAUCUCCCCCCCCUCCUCCGCUUCCUCCGCCCCGUCCUGCCCGAACCCCCACCUCCUCUCCCUCUCCCCCCCCAGUGGCCUCAUUCCAGCCGCCACCAUGUUCCCUGCCUGUUCACCGCGCACCGCAGCGCCGGCGCAGCAGCAACAGCAGCAGCAGCAGCAGCAGUACUCCCACCAAGACGCACAGGGACCGCAGCAACCGGUGCACCCACCCCCCCGGCACCAACACCACAAGUACUAUGCCCCACAUCCCACUGCACACAGGCCGCUUGACCGACCGGCCGAGCACGCCUCGUACCUCCAACAAUACGCCUCUCCCCCGUACCCCUCAAAAUUUCCGCCACGCCCACCGUCCCAAGGGCACGCUUUUCAUGGCAAUGCCUACCGCCAGCAGACCUUUCCUGACCGGGAGGAGGUGCCACAGCUGUCGUCGCAGCAGCCCCAUCACUCCUACCUACCAUCGGCCCAUCCUGUGCCCGGAGGGGCACGUCUGGUGGGUACCGGGGAUCACGGGGGGGGAAAGAGGGGGGGAGAGGAAGGAGAGUGGGAAGGAGGACACCCUGGGGGAGGGGAUAAGCCGCACGCAGCCUCGCUGGAGACAUGGGCUUCGUCGCCCCCCCCCGUCUACCAAGAGCACGCUUACGAUGGAGCUGUGUAG